AUGGAAAAGAAGAGAAGAACUCCUUCUCCGCAAACAAAAUCGAGCAGGAGUGCGCGAAAGACAACUACUCCGGUUGCGACCAAGAAGAAGCAGAAAAAGGUCAAGAAACUUAGGAAAUCGUCGUUGAGCAAAGCACAAAAGAACUUUGCAGUGUUCAACAAAAUUGACGAACACGUUAACAAGUAUGAGAACCUAGAUAUUGAUUUGAGCGAUACAGAGGAGAAUAGGGCAUCUAAAAACAGCGUAAUUCUGAUACAAGAUGGCGACGAGGCUGGCGACGAACCGAAGGAGAUUCAAGUGGUAGAUAUCGAAUCGGAAUCUGAAGAGGACGAACCUAGCACCAAAUCUGCAAGUGAGCAAGUUAGCGAGGGUUCGAACACGGACGAAAAUGCACUGGAUAAUAAUGACGACUUCAUUCCAUUUGCAUUCAGCUCUGACGAUGAAGACGACGACAGCGGGGAUGAUGAUAAGAAUGGCGGUGGCAAUAAAGACAGUGGUGAGUACAAUGACAAGGGCUCUACUGCUGUGCAGGCGGAGACCGCUGGAAGUUAUGAUUACGACAACUACGAUGACGAAUACCCAACGGAGGACACACGCUCCCGCAAGACAUUGAACACUGACUACCCUUGGAUCUUAAAUCACGACCACUCCAAACAGCGAGAAAUUGCAGACUGGCUCACAUUGGAGAUUAAGGAUUUCGUCGCGUACAUCUCGCCCAGUCGGGAAGAGAUCGAAGCCAGAAACCAAACGAUUUCAAAAAUUAGAAAUGCGGUCAAACGGCUUUGGCCAGACGCAGACUUGCACGUCUUUGGAUCAUUCGCUACAGACCUGUAUCUGCCGGGAUCCGAUAUCGACUGUGUCAUAAAUAGUGGUGCAGGUGAUAAGGAAAACCGAAACUCACUUUACUCACUCGCAAGUUUUUUAAAGAGACAGAAGCUUGCGACUCAAGUUGAGGUCAUAUCCAAAGCGCGAGUACCCAUCAUCAAGUUUGUGGAACCAGAAUCCCAAAUACAUAUUGAUGUUUCUUUUGAGAGGACAAAUGGACUGGAGGCUGCAAAGGUAAUACGUGGAUGGCUUGAGCACACUCCUGGUUUGCGUGAGUUGGUGCUCAUAGUCAAACAGUUUCUGAGUGCAAGACGUCUAAACAGCGUUCACACUGGUGGUCUUGGUGGAUUUAGUAUCAUCUGCCUUGUUUACUCCUUUUUGCAAUUGCAUCCACGCAUAAUAAGUGGCGACAUCAACUGUUUGGAGAAUUUAGGCACCUUAGCAAUUGAUUUCUUUGAGCUCUAUGGUAAGAAUUUUGCCUACGACGACGUUGCUAUAUCUGUAUCUGAGCAUCAGGCAUCAUAUUUGCCAAAAUCAGAAUAUCCAAAUUUGCAGAAUCCAAGAACGACGUUCUCAUUAGCAAUACAAGACCCAGGUGACCCAGAUAACAACAUUAGUCGAGGAUCUUUCAAUGUGCGAGACAUUAAGAAAGCAUUUGCGGGUGCAUUUGACUUACUCACAAAUCGAUGCUUCGAGCUCGAUGCUGCUACUUUCAAAGACAGACUAGGCAAAAGCAUACUGGGAAACGUAAUAAAGUAUCGUGGGAAGCAGAGAGAUUUUAAGGAUGAAAGAGAUCUCGUAGUAAAUAAGGCUAUUGCUGAAAACGAACUGUACCACAGGAAGCGAGGCACAAUUGUUCACGAGGAUGUUUUCACAGAUGUUAGUGACACAGAGGAUAAAGAAGCAGAAUUAUACAAGCUGGAGGAACCUCCCAAGAAGAAACAGCGUAAAAACAAGUCGAAGUCUAAAGAAAAAACUUCUAAAGUACAGGCCACCAAAAGUACCCAAAAACCAGCAGCAUCCAAUACACCAGCAUCUAAGCCAGUUCACAAUGAAACCGUGGAGAAUCUUAUGGGUAUUAACGAUGACGAUGAGGAUGAUUACAAUCCAACAACAGCCGUACCGUUGGAUGUCGAAGACGAAGACAAUAGUGAUGGCAAGUCUCGCAGCGACAUCCGCAAGAAAUCUGUAGACGCACAGACAAAACGCGACUAUUGGCUCAGUAAGGGUCAGGCAUUGUAA